CCCUGGGGCUCGAAGGUGGAGGACGAGGGGGGAGCGCUGCUCGGGCGGCUGCAGGGCGCGCUGCGAGGCGGCGCCGCAGCCGCUUCGCCCUCGCGUGUCGCCAGCUCCAUCAAGGGCUACCUCACUAACAAGGUCGGCUCGCUUCAACUGAAGGAUACAGGAUGGGGAGAGUCACUGCUUUCACUGCCAAGGAAAUGGCUCAGCACCCAGGUUUACGGCGCCGACGACGAGGACUUCCAGUUUGUCCAGGUUGCCAAACUCCCAGUUCCGGAGCUGCAAGCCACGCUGGACUCCUACCUGGACUUUGCAUCGGUGAUUGUGAACCCACAACAACUAGAGAAAACCCGGGAGAUCGUGAAGAGGUUCGCAGAAGACCUGGGGCCGAAGAUGCAAAAUGUCCUCGUAGAAAAACAGAAAGAGACGAUUAAUUGGGUGACAGACUGGUGGCUGGAUGAUAUGUAUCUGAAGGUUCGACUGCCAGUUCCCAUCAACUCUAACCCUGGAAUGGUGUUUCCUCGGAGGCAGUUUUCCAAAAUCGACGAAGUGGCUGACCUUGCUGCCCUAUACAUUGAUGACCUGCUAGACUACAAAGAAAUGCUUGAUAGAGGUGAAUUGCCACAAGAACGGGCAACCAGUCGCGAGAAGGGACAACCAUUAUGUAUGGAGCAGUUCUAUAGGUUACUGGGAGUUUGUCGUAUACCAGAAGUGGGCAAAGAUCGCUUGGAACUACCAGUUACACCCAGUAAUCCUGCGGAGUGUGAAGAGCUGGUGAUCGUUGCUUGUAGAAACUAUUUCUAUCCUAUACCAGUCAAGGCAGUGGAUCGUGGACGCCUCACACCAGGAGAGAUUCAGGCUCAAAUACUACAUGCGAUGGUGGACGCGGCCGGGGCUCCACCCGCACCAAAGGUGGGGCUCCUCACCGCUAUGAACAGAGAUCAGUGGGCCAAGAGCAGGGAGCAGCUUAUUAGAGAUGAGAACAAUCGAACCAACCUAGAACUGAUAUCCCGUGCACUGUGUAUCAUGUGCGUCGACGAGGCGGGCGGAGAUCGUUCAGAACUCGACGCUGACACCAACGCUCUGCUGCGCGCCAUGCAUGGCGCUGGCAGUCGCUACCACUCUGCCAACCGCUGGUUCGAUAAGACUGUCCAGUUGAUAAUAUCUUCAGACGGCACAAUAGGCAUGUGCUAUGAGCACACUCCCGCUGAAGGUGUAGCAGUAGUCCGCCUUGCAGAACGUGCCCUUGCCAGGGCUGAAGUAUCAGACCGACCAGCGCCCCCACCUGUCUUGCUGCCAGCACCGCAACCCAUGAAGUGGAACUUAACCAAUGAACUAAACAGGACCAUUGAGAGUGCUGCCAGAGAUAUUGACAGACAAAUUUCCGACUUAGAUCUGAAAGUGUACACGUACCGCGGCUACGGACGCGAGUUCAUGAAGUCAUGCCGCACUAGCCCCGAUGUCUACAUUCAGCUCGCCCUGCAGUACACUUACUACAAAAUGUACGGCUAUCUAGUAUCCACAUACGAAUCCGCUUCUCUCCGUCGCUUCCGUCACGGGCGCGUGGACAACAUAAGAUCGGCCCACAGCGCCGCCCACGCGUGGGCAGCCGCCAUGUGCACCGCCGACACACCCCCGCAGGCCGACGACGAUGGACAAAAGAAGGUCUCUUUCAAUUUAUACGGGGAGCAAAAGAAGUUAGAACUCUUCGAGGAAGCGGCACGUAAGCAGACAGCUGUUAUGGAAGCAAAUAUUCUUGGGCGAGGCAUCGAUAACCAUUUGUUGGGUCUUAGAGAAGCAGCGCGAGAAACGCUUGGAGAAAUUCCGGAAAUGUUCAAGGACCCUACUUAUAGCCGCAUGAUUGAAUUCAAACUUAGUACAAGUCAGGUGGCCACAACUACCGACGGUACAUUUAUGGGCUACGGAGCCGUGGUUCCCGAUGGUUACGGUUGCAGUUACAAUCCAAAGAAGGACUCUGUCAUCUUCUGCAUAGCUUCUUUCACAUCCUCCAGCGUCACUAACACUGAAGCCUUCAGGCAAUCUUUGGAAGAAGCUCUUAACACUAUGAAACUGAUGUUCCAAAAUCGAAAAGUAGACAGCUAA